AAGAAGUAGAAACCGAGGGAAUAGUUAUAAUAUAUAAGUUAUAUAAAAUACAUUUGUGUGGCACAUAUGUGUGUGGUGAGGUGAGGUGAGAUAGUAUAGAAUAGAAUAGGACAGAAUGGAAUUGGUAUGUUAUAAUAUGAUAUCAAUUUAACCACGUUUUUGUUUCAAGGAAGAUGGUGUAUAUAAUUUGGAGGUUGGUUCAGGGAAGCAGCGGAGUAAGGCCUAAUUAAGGGGAUGGACAUAUAAAAUGAAGAAGAAGGCUCAAGGGAUCGGAGAACUGCCAGUGCCCACUGCAAAUAAUUUAAUCAACUGCACCAAAUUAGAUAUAUAUUAAUGUCGUCGUGGAGGGAGUCGGAUGUGUUGGACUCGAUCCGUCAGCAUCUUCUGGAAGAGAACUUAAACAAGAGUGGGGAUGGGAUUUGUAGUAUUAUUCAGGAUCAUCAUUAUAAAGGGGCGGCGGUGGAGAAUGGAGUGCAGUUCAAGGGAGUGAGGCGGAGGCCAUGGGGGAAAUAUGCGGCGGAGAUAAGAGAUCCAAAGAGAAAUGGAGCCAGAACGUGGCUGGGGACCUUUGAAACGGCCCUAGAAGCAGCUUUGGCCUACGAUCGAGCGGCUUUCAAAAUCCGAGGAGCUAAGGCGAAACUCAACUUUCCACAUCUCAUUGAUUCUGAUUCUACACAUUCUACUUCUGCUUCUACUUCGUCUGCUAACCCUCCUCCAAGUCCUACCCACGCCCACCAUCAAACUUCUGCUGACAACUACGCCUGUUAGCCUGUUACUUCACUUUUUCCCAAGCCUCUGACCCCCAUUUCAUUUCCCACGUACUUUGCCUGCUUCCCCAUCCAUUCCAAUUAUCUACAAACCGACUAUUACACACUAAUAAUAUUAUAUAUCAGUUAUAUAAUUUAUUUCCGAUUUGCAUCAGGGUGAGGUGAGGUGAGAGAGUGUUAAAUAAUAUAAUCUUAAUUUCAUGAAGAAAUUACAUUUACCUAAAAGUUAAUAUGAUCCUUUUUUUUUAAUUAUUAUUAUUAUAAUUUAUGUC